CCAAUUUGUCUACACCUGUUUCUCUACGUGGCCAGCACCUGGUUUCCCGGAUUCAGGGGCCUUCCGUGCGUCACUAGACCUAAUUCUUUGCUUGGAGUUACUUGGAGCGAGAUGAUGGAGAGAGAUGGUCGUUGACGACCAUUGAUUGGAAGAUCCCAGACCCACGGUGUUGCAUUUGCAGCUGCUCGAUUUCUCCCUCUUUCUCUUGUUAUUUUUGCUGCUUUGACUCGGCGAGGUGAAACGGGCAUAGAAAAGGGGCAAGGAUCCAGGAUUAGAAGGCCUUCUACAUCUCCCAAUCUGUUAGAUUUGCAGUUACAAUACCUUGAGUUCUUAUAUUCAAGAUUCUUUUGGCUUUGCUCUUGAAUGCUGGGAGGUGAUUUAGGGGUUCUGUGCUUUGGAAUUUGUGUGAACUUUCAACCCUUUUCGGCUUUCUUCUUUCUGUUUCUCUUUCUAGCGGAAGGAAAGUGAGAGCUCUUUUCCAAAGUGACAGCUGGGCUAUUUAAUUUGAGGCUAGGAUGAGCCUUUUACCGAUCUAACUUGCGGACUGAAUCACAACUGGGAAAAGGUCGGGUAUUUAUCUGUGCAUCUAGGGUUUCCAUCAAUAUUGCAUGUGGGUUAUGAGCCAGGAACUAUGAGUGUUUAGAUUUAACUUGUUGGAUGGGGACUCAAACAAUAGCAGCUACGAGUGGUGGUGGCAAUGGUGGCGGCAUGCAGCGACCACAGAUUCAGAGCUUGUCCAGGCAAGAAUCCCUCUAUGGACUCACUCUCAAUGAAGUUCAAAAUCAUCUGGGUGAGCCCUUACAUAGUAUGAACCUUGAUGAGCUGCUCAAAAGCAUAUUCCCGGUUGAUGAAAAUCAAGGUCAAGGGAUGGAAAUGGAGGGCUUCACUCAGUAUGCUUCUGGCUCUGGCCUCCAACGCCAGGGAAGCAGCACCAUGCCACAUUCUUUGAGCAAGAAAACAGUGGAUGAUGUGUGGAGGGACAUUCAACAAGGGCGGCUGAAGAAAGUUCAUAGCAUUGAGGAUCGAAGGCCGGGACAUGGACAUGAGAGACAGCCAACUUUAGGGGAGAUGACAUUAGAGGAUUUUUUGGUUAAGGCGGGCGUAGUUGCUGAGGGUACUGUUGUUAAGCGUAAGGAUAAUGCAGCAGGGAAUGUAGAUGGUAUGUCAAUAGCUAAUCAGAUGGCAGGUGUUCCGGAUUAUGCACAGGGUGCACAUUGGUUGCAUCAUUAUCAUCCUUUGCAAGGUAUGGAUCAACAACAGAGGCAGCAGAAUGUGAUGGAAGCUUAUAUGCCGAGCCGAUCUGUUCUGCAGCCAAUGUAUACUGAUAGCCAAGUUAAUAUUUCGUCGCCUACUGUAGGCGCUCUUUCUGAUUCACAUGUGACUGGGCGUAAACGAGUAGUUUCGGGGGACAUGGCUGAUAAGCUGGUGGAGCGGAGGCAGAAAAGGAUGAUUAAAAACAGAGAAUCAGCUGCCCGUUCAAGAGCUAGGAAGCAGGCUUAUACUAAUGAGCUUGAGAACAAGGUUUCACGGUUGGAAGAGGAGAACAAGAGGCUUAAGAAGAUGAAGGAAUUGGACAAGAUAUUAAAUGAUUUACCCUUACCAGAACCAAAAUAUCGGCUUCGAAGAACGAGCUCGGCCUUUUAGCUCAUUGCCAAUAUACUUGAUCCUGCUAUAGUAUUAGCACAGAAUUGCUCGGGCAUUUUAAUUCUGCAAAUAGUGCAGGUUUCAACACCCAGCUACUGAGCUUUUGCUUUUGUUGUUCUUCUUUUUUUCUAACUUUGUUUUUGUUGCUGUUUGUUGACACAGAAACCUCUUAUUGUAAAUCUUUUCACGUAAUUAAUGUGCAGUACUCAUGAUAAUUUUAGCUCUUUAUGGAAUCAUGGCCUUCUUUUUCAACACAU